AGCGACGCCGGCUAACCUGCGUUUUCUUGAACUGUUCUGGCGAUCUGGUGGACGAUGGAGCCCGUGCAAGAAGGCGAGAUCGAGUAUCGGAUAGCGACGAAAGAGGACGUGGACGUGAUCGCCUAUCAAAUGGCAUCAGAUUUUUUUCGUCGUGAACCUGUUGUCAGCAAGGUGGAGGGGAUCGUACUUCCCGACGAUGUCCUCCCAUUCACGACCAUGGCCGGAAAAGUCAUCUUGAACGAGGAAUUGAGUUUGAAGGCUAUUCAUGUACCCACGGGCAAGGCCAUCGGCUUCCGAAAUGCCUACAGCAUCACGGAGGACAGCGACCCGAUGAAGGAGGCUAUCAAGGACAACUGGCCUUCUCUCCAUCCCAUGGUUCAAGCGCUACUGCAGAUGCUGGAAAUGGAGGAGAAAUGCGCGCCUCAGCUCUUGAAGCGAAACAACCUGAAGCGAGUGAUCCAGUGUUUCGGUCUCUUGGUCUUGGAGGAAUACGAGGGACGAGGAAUCGGUACAAGAAAGUCGGGUUUUGAGGGAGCGAAAGCCACGGCAGCGAAUCCGAGAUCCCGUCGAAUUUUCGAGAAAGAAGGCUUCGAGAACGUGGGCCAUUAUUUCCCGUCGCAAGUCAUGACCGAAGACGGAUCCAAACUCAUGCCGUCUCUCCCGGAAGACACGAAGGUCAUCGUCUAUUUGAAGAAGUUUUAAACGCGAAGCAUGCCCUGGAAGUGUCAUUGCGCCUCGACAGCACCGGCCUUGGCGCGGAUCGGAAGGUUUUAUGUUUCGUUCAUUAAACUGUACAGUGUUACCCGUCGGCCUUGGGCAUGCCACAGGGAGUCGCAUCAAAGGCACGAGUCGCUAUGUCUUCGAAGCGGAUGGGGAAUCCGGCAUUCCAUUCGAUGCAGCAAGAAUUCCAGUUUCUCGGUCGACACGGUUAAAAUCCUCUUUCGUUUCGGUUCG